AUUAAAAUAUUAUAUAAACACUUGUGUUAUUUGUAUUCAUAUUACUAAUCUUAUAUCUUACAUAUCUAUGAUUAACGUUGAAAUUCAAAAUGUUUGAUUUUAAAGUAAAUACUUUGAAUAUUAAAACUUUCAAUAUUUUAAUAUAAUUCGUAUUUUAAUAAUUUUUUAAUAAAAAAGUAUAAUUUGUUUGAUCAAAAUGUCGAGUUAUUCUAUAGGACGUAGAUCAUCUACGAAUCCUGUAAGAAUAUCUCUACUUGAUAGAGAAGAUAAAAGUUUGACAAGAACAGAAUCUAGAAGAACACAAACAUUAAAACCAAAAAAUUCUAUUUCUUCAGUUGAAAAUUCUCAUAUUCCAAGACCUCGAAUUCGAGCUUCUUCUUGUGAUAGAAUAAAUAUCAAAGGCUCAUUAUUAAAAGCAACAGAUAAAACUUUAUUUGUAGGUAAAACUUCAUUUUGUCAUGUACCAACAACUCCAAAUACACCAAAUAUUGGCAAAUCUUCCAGUCAUCAUACAUUUGGAAGUUCAAAUAAAAUUCAUGCAGGACUUCCUACAGGUCGUAGAUCUUUAUCAGCUGAUCGUGCUAGCAAUAUUGGUGCAAAAGGCUCUAGAAAGGAUACAAGGCCUUUAACAGACAAGACAUAUCAGGCUUAUAUGCUUAAUAAAAUUGAUAAUUUUCUUUCCAUAAAUCAUUGUUCUUCGAUGGUUAAUACUAAUAACAGCUUUAAACCAGUUACUUUGAAAAUGUUUGUUGAAGUUUCUGCAUAUUUAUUAAAAAUAUUAGAUAUUAAACAAAUUCUUACAAUUUCCAAUUAUGUGGAAGAAUUGCCAAAAAUUGCAAAAAAACUGCAUUAUCCAGGAAUAAUUAACAAAUCUUGGUUAAAAACUGCUAAUGCUAUGCAUUCCUGGCCAAAUGUUUUAGGUUGGAUAUGCUGGUUAGUAGAAAUUUGUGAAAUAAGAAAGAUAGCUCUUGAGAAGUAUAAUUUAAAUAAUCUAUCAUUUAUGGGAAAUGAACAGGAAGCUAAAAUUAAUAAAAAUGCUUUUUUUUCAAUGUUGAAUUUUUAUAAUGCCUGGAAUGAUGAGAAACUUGAUGAGGAAGCAUCAAUGGUAGAAAAAUAUUUACAAGAAGUAGAAGAACAACAAGGUAUAAGUGAAGAAAAUUUGAAUAAUGCACGUUUUGAAUUAGAAAAAGAAAUGCUUAAACAGCAGGAAGCUGAAGAAAAUUUAAAUAAAAUAAACGAAGAAGUUAAACAUCUACAGGAAGUAUUCUUAUCUUUGCAAAAUGAUGAAACAAAGCAAUUGAGUGAUAUCAAUGCAAAAGAGGAAUAUAUAAAAACAAUUAAUUUUGAAACAGAUCAAUUAAAUGCUGAAUGCAAUAUAUUGAGUGAACAAAUUUGUUUACAAAAAAAACAGCAUGAUGAAUUACUUUCUACAAUUAAACAACAACCAAUGUCCAAAAUAGAUAGGGAUAAAAUUUUAGAAAAAUGUACAGAAAUUCAAAAUUACAUACAUCAAUUUGAUGAACACUUAAAAGAAAUACAGAAAGAAUUAUAUACAAUGGAUAUUAAAUUGGCAUUUAAUAAUAAUGAAAUAACUAAAUCAGUACUAACAUAUAAUAAUGAAAUAUUUAUGCAUUUUAGUGGUAAUAUAGAUAUAAAUUUAGAAGAAUUAAAGAUGCCAGAAAAAGGUAUAUUGAAACCUGAAAUUAUGGAAAUAUUAAAAGUUAAAGCUAAUUUAAUGAAUGAUUUGAAAGAAUUAUUGAAAUCAGAAAUUAUUGAAAAAGAACGCUUAUCAGAAACAAAUUUUAACGAAUUAGAAAAUCUACAGGAGAAAAUGAAAAUUUUAGAAGAUGAAAAUAGUGACAUUAUUAACAAAAUUAAAGAAAAAAAAAGUCUUAUAAAUAAAAUUAAAACUGAUGCAAAACACGAAGAAACAAAAUUAAGAGAACAAAUAAAGAAAUUGCAAAAUGAAAUUAAGGAAAUUCAAGAUUCAAUGCCAAAUACACAAGAACUUGCUGCAGAAUUAGAAGAAACAGGGGAUAAACUAGAUGCAGUUCAGAGAAGGAAAGCAUAUAUAGAAGAAUCUGCUAAGCUAUUUUUUGAUAAAUUUUAUGAGACAUUAGGAGAGCAUAGAAAUGAAGUUUAUAAUAUAUUAAUAAAACUUAAUAAUUAUUAUUUUAGCAUAAUGAGCAACAAAAUAAACGCUGCUAGUAAAAGUAUUGCUAUAUCUAAUAAAAAUAUAUUGGAAAAUAACCAUUAUUUGCCUCCUUCUGGACUCUCUUCAGAAGGUCUUUGUGAUUGUAAUAAACAAAUUGAAAUAAUUGUGAAAGCUAAAGGUCUUAAACGUAAAUCAACAAUGGUUAUGAGCAAUCCAACUAGUCAUAAAAGUAUAGAAGAAAAAAAAAGACCUGGUAAUAGUGGUGAUGUCCACCAAAGCUGGGGUAAAGCUUUAAUAGAACAAAAUAAAGCAGUUAUAAAACAAGGUUUGCAACAAUUUCAGACAAAAACAACAGGUUCAAAAUCAUUAAAACAUAGUAGUGAAACUAAAGAAAUUAAGAAACAUUCCUUAAAUCAUCAAAAACCAAAUCAUAAACAUUUAGAUGAAUUGCCUAUUAAACAAUCAGCUUCUCAAAAAAGGAUAGAAGAACAUAUAAAAUCUAUACCACGAACUGCAAAUCCUUCAAGUACAUCAAUUCCAAGUACUGUGGAAUCUAUUAUAGUUUAUGAUAAAGGUGUGCAAUGUGAUGGAAUACUUGAUUAUUUUGAUGAUAGAUUUGGUGUUUUUAAUCCAGUUCGUACAUUACAUUUUUUAAUAAAGGAAUUAGAACAUUUAGUUAAAGAUGAUAAAGCUAAUAAGAUUCUUACUAAUAUGGAACAAGCAUUAUUAAGAAUAUCAAUGGAACCUGAUAAACUACCUAUGCAGGAGUUAGAAACCAAAUCAGAAACGACUAGACAAAUGAGUUUAAUGUGUGAUGCAUUACAAAAUGAAAGAGAUUCUUUAGUGAGACAAAAUCAGGAAAUAUGUUCUUUAUUGCACGAAAAUCGUGAAAAGCAGUUAGAUCUUGAAAAAACUGUAAAAACAUUAAAACAAGAAUUAGAAGAAACUGUUAAAAUUAGAGAUAAAACGAUAAUUGAAUUAAAAGAAAAGAUUAAAAAUUAUGAAUUUUCGCAAAAAAUUAUAUCAGACUUAAGAACAAAUCUUGCUGAACAAAAGGAACUUUUAAGUCAAAGAUAUCUAGAAGUACAAUGUAUAACUCUUGAAAAAGACAAAUUUUCAGCUCUAUCAUUAUAUAAAGAUUCUUUAUUAAAUGAUCUUCGUAAUCAAAUCAAGGAAUUGCAAAAUUGUAUUGCUGAUCAAUUAUGUAAUUUAAAAGAUAGUUAUAUUCAAGAAGAAUGUCCAAAUCCACAAAUUUCAUUAGUACAUGGAGGUCGUGUAUGUUCAUCACCUACUUCUACUUCUUCACGUGAUUCAAAUAUACGUACCUCUUGGCAUGAUAUAUCCGAUAUUUCUUUAUCCACGGAUCACAAUCCGUCUAAAAUUAAAAAUGUACAAGAUUUAUUUCAUAUAUCAGAUAAAAUUCCAGCUUUUUUAGAAAUCCAAGGCGAGACUUCAGAAAAUAAACGAACUAAGAAUAUUAAGGAAGCUUCAACCAAAGAUUCCGCAAAUUUAGACUUCAUUAGUUUACCUGCUGGAGAAUCUUCACUUACACUUUUACCUUCUUAUAAAGAUCUUGGCUGCACAGAGAUCAGUAAAUCUGUUAAUAAAGGGGAUGGUGAUGUAAUAACAUUUAGUAAUAAAAAAAAUGAUAAUUUAGAUAAUUUUAAAAGUACUAAUAAAAUAUCAUCAUUGGAACAUUUAAAUUAUUCUCUUCAAAAAAAAGAAACUGAUAUAAAAGAAUCAAGUAGAAUUAAAAAAUCUUUAGAAUCAAAUAAAGAAGAAAGUUCUGAAAAAAAAUCUAUUGUGAAUGAAGAUAAUGCUAAUAUUUUAAAAGAUAAUUUGACCCAUAAUUUAAUAAGCUCUACUAUAACAGAACAAUUUCAAAAUAUAUUCCAAGAUAUAAGAAUUCAAAGUAGAAUGCCUGUUAAGGUACCCAGUCCACCAAGGAAUUAUCCUAAUCCUGAAUGGAGUGAUAGUACUUUACCCAGUAUCAGUACUGUUUCAGGGAUAUAAAUGUGAUAUAAAUUUUUCUCUCAUUGACAUUUUAAGCUUAUAUUAAAUCUUUUGUAAAAGAAUCUUAUUGUGCAGUCAUAUUUUUUAUCAAAAUAGAAAUGAUUUUAAAAGAUUUAAAAAUUAAAUUAUAUUUUUAUAAUUUCAACAUGAUAUAAUAGUAUAUUUUUAAAUAAUAAUUUAUAAAAAAUAUAGAAAAUAUAUAUUAUAUCAAUUAUAUUGAUUUCUAAUUCAAAGUGUAUUUUUUUUCUAAUAUAUGUAUAUAUUCAUGUAUAAAUUUCAUUUGUAAAUUUAAAAUUUGUACAAAUUAAUAUAUUAUCUAUGAAAAAAAAAAAGAAAAAAGAUAAUUUUUAGAUACAAAUGUUAUUACAAGUUUAUAGAGAAAGCCUCUAAUGUUUGUAUGUAAUUUAAAAGUUACAUGCAUUAUAUAAAUUAAAAAACUCUUAUAGGGUAACGGAAACAUUAAUAUCAAAGUAUAUAAUAUAUUUUGAUAUUGUUUUUAAUUUUGUAUUGUGAGGCAAAAUAAAAAUAUGUUUCGUAUUAAGUUAAUUUAAUGAACAAUUUUAAUAAAUAAAAUAAGAAAUUGACUUGUAAUAAA